UAUGUAAAUUGGUGAAGAAAUAGCAAGAAGUGCACGUGAACCUUUUAUACAGAGUUCGAGGAGCUGAGUGUCUUUGCAGCUAAAUCCCUUACAGCCACACAUUGUUUCACUGUCAGUAGCAGAGGCCAAAACCGCUGAUUUAAAAAAAAAUAAGGAACAGAGAGGAAGAGAGAAAAAUGGGUUGGGGGAACUAGAAGAGAGUAGAAACAACCGAGAGAAACAUAUAGAAAAAGGAGGCAUAGCAAUCUAUUCAAACGAAGAUGCAAGGCUGUGAGGUUGAGGCCAUUGGCAUAGACUACACCAUCCACACACACAAAUCAGAGCACCCUUUUAAAAUCUUCAGCAAAUCUGCACAACUUGAUACUGAACAAGAUGGUAAAGAGCCAGAAGGGGAAGCAGAAGCUGAACAAAGUUGCAGUGGAGUAAGACAUGUGCUGAAGAAAGUGAGUUUCCAAGCCAAACCAUGGGAGAUCCUAGCAAUUGUUGGGCCAAGUGGAGCUGGCAAAUCAUCACUGCUUGAGAUUCUGGCUGGCAAACAUAGCCCUCAAAGUGGUACUGUGUUGGUGAACCACAAGCCUGUGGACAAAGCUCAGUUCAGGAAGCUUUCAGGGUAUGUGACACAAAAGGACACUUUGUUUCCUUUGCUUACAGUUGAAGAAACCCUGAUGUUUAGUGCAAAGCUGAGGCUGAAGCUUUCUCAGGAGGAACUUUGUUCCAGGGUCAAGUCAUUGAUUAAGGAGCUUGGACUUGACCACGUUGCUGGCACUAGAAUUGGCGAUGAUAGGGUCCGAGGCAUAUCUGGUGGUGAGAGGCGCAGAGUUUCCAUUGGUGUUGAAGUCAUACAUGAACCAAAAGUGCUGAUUCUUGAUGAACCAACUUCAGGGCUUGACAGUACUUCGGCUUUGCAAAUAAUUGACAUGCUUAAGGUCAUGGCUGACACAAGAGGGAGAACUAUAAUCCUUAGUAUCCAUCAACCCGGGUUCAGAAUAGUGAAGCUGUUCAAUUCAUUGUUGUUGUUGGCCAAUGGAAGUGUUUUGCACCAUGGAACUGCUGAGUUGCUUAGUGUAAAUCUAAGGUUGAUGGGUUUGGAGCUUCCUCUUCAUGUCAAUGUAGUUGAAUUUGCCAUUGAGUCCAUCGAUACCAUUCAGCAACAACAGAAAUGUGAGCCAGUUCAGGUGGAAACUCCAAGGCUAUUGCCAGGGACAAUGCAACAGAAAAAAAUUGAUGAUGAAGCUGGUGAGAUUAGGAACGGUAAGUUUACCUUGCAACAGCUGUUUCAGCAAUCCAAGGUAAUCGAUGAAGAAACCAUCUUCGUUGGAAUGGAUUUCACUUGUGAUUUUGCUAAUUCUAGAUUGAGAGAAACUAUGAUUCUCACCCAUAGGUUUUCCAAGAACAUAUUUCGCACAAAAGAGCUAUUUGCUUGUAGGACAAUUCAGAUGCUGGUUUCUGGGUUGGUUGUGGGUUCCAUAUUUUGUAACCUUAAGGAUGAUCUAGAGGGAGCUUAUGAAAGGGUGGGUCUAUUUGCUUUCAUAUUAACGUUUUUGUUGUCAAGCAGCAUAGAAGCUCUGCCCAUUUUUCUGCAAGAAAGGGAGAUUCUAAUGAAGGAAACAUCUAGUGGAAGCUACCGUGUGUCAUCCUAUGCAAUUGCCAAUGGCCUAGUUUACUUGCCAUUUCUUCUCAUCCUAGCCAUUUUGUUCUCAAUGCCCUUGUACUGGCUUGUUGGUCUCAACCGGAAUUUCUUGGCCUUUUUGCACUUUUUGUUGCUGAUAUGGCUGAUUCUUUACACGGCCAAUUCAGUUGUGGUGUGUUUUAGUGCUCUGGUGCCUAAUUUUAUUGUUGGGAAUUCAGUGAUUGCUGGUGUUAUAGGGUCAUUCUUCUUGUUCUCUGGGUACUUCAUAUCAAAGGAAGAAAUUCCAAACUACUGGAUUUUCAUGCAUUAUAUAUCCUUGUUCAAAUAUCCCUUUGAAGGGUUCCUGAUCAACGAGUUCUCCAACUCGGGGAAGUGUUUGGAGCACAUGUUUGGGGCAUGUCUUAAGAGCGGAGAGGAUGUCCUUGAAGAAGAAGGGUACGGAGGAGAGAGUAACAGAUGGAAGAAUGUUGGGGUCACUGUGUGCUUCAUCUUGGUUUACAGGUUCAUCUCUUAUGUCAUUCUUAGAUACAGAUGUUCCCAAAGGAGAUUUGGCAAGGUUAUCACCAACUAGUCUAUGGUGACUCUCUCUCUUGUUCACGUGUCUUGGAUUUUUCUUCUGAUAGGAACCGAUGAAGAUAUUCUAAAAAAAAAAAAGCAUAAAGAAUUAUAGGUCUGGUCAGUGCCAACGAAUUGUACUAACAGGAUAUUAUGUUGGUUUUUGCUUUACAUGAUUACUUAAUUCACAACAUUGUGUUUCUCUUAUCA